AUGAUCGCCACCGACCAAGAAAUGCAGAACAAUGCCGACCCGAUAAUGGACAUCAUAGCAACUGCACCAAGUGACUCAUUAUACUUUAUCGAAAGAAUAAAUCUCAUUUCAGCCGUAAUAAGCAUCAGCACGUCCUUCCCCUACUUGGCGUAUCUAAUCAUUCACUGGAAGGAGUGCUCGUGCAAUGAGAUCCUCAGAUGGUGGAUAGUAAUUAACAGUUUGCUGCAGCUUGUACAGGCCCCCGUGCGAUUCUUUCUGUAUUUCCUGUUGAGGAAGUAUAAGAUGGAAAAUGAGCGGAUGCACAUUCACGCGCUGAGAAGACUGACGAGCUCCAAGGGAUGGAAACUGAGCAAACGGUUCAGCCUACUGAACUAUUUAUGGUUCAUUACAGGGACCGUCGUAAUGGUCGUGACGAGAAAGUACACGAGGAAUUUCUACCUGUGGUUUAUAUCGUGGUCUAUCAUCCUGUCAUGUGUGUUCCGAGUAUUCUUUACAGUCAUAUGGUUUUGCUUUUUUUUUCCAUAUCAUCAAAAUGUUCCGAAACAGAAAAAGGGGGUGCCGAAACCCUUUUUCGCAGAAAUCCCUACCUUUAAAUAUUCACCAGACAGAAAAUUAAAGAACGAGUCCUGCUCCAUUUGCCUAUCCGACUUUGCCGAAAAGGAUGACAUUCUUGAGUUAAGGUGUUUACACAACUUCCACACGAAGUGCGCCAAGAAGUGGCUCUCCCAGAGGAGACAGUGCCCGCUCUGCCAAAGGGACGUUAUGAAAAACAAUUAACUUGUUCUAAUAACAUUUGCAGGAUCGCUCUUUUUAUGUAUAACGUGCGGUGGAUGUGUGUCAAUCGUUUGCAUUCUGCCCCUUCGCCCGUGUAAAAUAUCUGCAUAUAUGUGUACCUUCUCCCCGGAUAGAUGGCGCACGGCCCUCUCUGUUUUAUUAAGUUUCCCCCGCGGCGCCUUCGACAUGCGCACAUGGGUACGUGUAAGCGCUAUAUGUACGUGCUUAUGUGUACCCAUUUUGUGCUUCCCUUUUUUUUUUGAUCACCCGCCCACCUGUACUACUACCUCAUUCGGUGCUUCCUCUCCCCUUUUUAAUUAUUUUUUUUUAAAUUCCCAUAACUAUCUGUGUACCACCACUUAUCAUUUGGGGUCCCCCGUAUUCAUUUUUCGUUUCACUUUUUUUUUUUUUUUUUUUUUUAAUAUGUAUUUAUUAAGAAUGACGUUUUAAUGUGUAUGUAUACAUAUGCGUAGCGCC